UAGUCCGACACGCAGUACAGCCCAGCAUCGUCAGCACGUCCCCGCCCUCUUUUGGGGUUAGAAACUCCGUUUUUCGGACACAAGAACUUCCCCCUGCAGCAACGUGGCGGGCGGCAGCCAAUCCGCGCGUAGCCGGCUGUCCCCACGUGGGAAGGGCGGCCUCUGAUUGGUCGGUAGGGCGGCGAGGGGGCAAGGCUCGGUGCGCGGGAGCAGCAGGACCCCCCAGACGGGCCGGGGCGAGGAUGCUGCGGGGGGGGUGGCUGUGCCUGGCAGCGCUGUGGCUGGUGGGGGGCUCCCACCCCCCCGAGCGGGGGCUGCCCCGGGACCUGGGGGGAGCCCACCACGACCACGCUGAUGGCUUCGCCUACGACCACGAGGCUUUUCUGGGGCCAGAGGAGGCUCGAACCUUCGACCAGCUCUCGCCAUCUGAGAGCCAGCGCCGCCUGGGGCUGCUUGUGGGUCUGAUCGAUGGGGACGGGGAUGGCGCGGUGACAACAGAGGAGCUGCGGGGCUGGAUCGAGCGGACGCAGCGGCGGGCACGGGAGGAGAGUCUGCGCCGGGGCUGGCAGCGCUAUGACCGUGACAGUGACGGCAUCGUGACAUGGGACGAAUAUCGGCGAGAGGCCUAUGGACACCCCGAGGAUGACUUUGAGGGGACGCAGCACCCCGAGACAUAUCGUCAGCUGCUGGCGCGAGACGAGCGGCGGUUCCGGGCAGCUGAUAAGGAUGGGGACGGUGGCGCCAACCGCACGGAAUUUGCUGCGUUCCUCCAUCCCGAGGACUUCGAGCACAUGAGGCCCCUCGUGGUGACGGAGACUAUGGAGGACAUGGACAAGGAUGGAGAUGGCUUCGUCCAGGUGGACGAGUACAUCGCGGAGCUGUACACAGGCACCCCAGGCACCCCGGAACCCCAGUGGGUGCAGGAGGAGCGAGUGCAGUUUGUGCAGGCACGGGACCGGGACGGGGAUGGGCGCCUGGACCCUUCCGAGGUGGGGCACUGGCUGCGGCCCCCCAGCCCUGACUGGGCAGGGGUGGAGGCUGCCCACCUCCUGCACCACUCGGACGUUGACAAGGAUGGCCAGCUGACCAAGGCUGAGAUCCUGGGCAACUGGCAGAUGUUCGUGGGUAGCCAGGCCACCAACUACGGGCAGGACCUGGAGCGCCCCCACGACGAGCUGUGACCCCCCCGGGAUGCUGGGACCCCCCAGUGGCGGGGGACAACACAAAAGGACACUUGGGGGUCAGGGGCACCAUCUGUGCAGGGAAUAAAGAUGCGGGGGAGUAACUCCCCCACCCCCACAA